AGAAGGUGAAGAAUAAACCCGGAAGUGGGUUUUUUGCUUCCUGCUGCUCAGCUAUCGCUUCGGUGGUUCUUCGUCCUGUCGGUUUGGGGUCUGACCGCUGAAACUACAGCCCUACUUCGUAUCCAGACCCGAAUCCCCAACUAUUACCGGGUUCCCUGGAGAGAUGAACAACAACGGGAACAAGAGAGCUCCAACCACAGCCACUCAGCGACUUAAACAGGAUUACCUCAGGAUAAAGAAAGACCCUGUGCCUUACAUCUGUGCUGAGCCUCUCCCUUCCAAUAUCCUCGAAUGGCACUAUGUGGUGAGAGGUCCUGAGAAGACUCCUUAUGAAGGGGGUUACUAUCACGGAAAGCUCAUGUUUCCUCGAGAAUUCCCAUUUAAACCACCAAGUAUCUACAUGAUAACCCCCAACGGCAGGUUUAAAUGUAAUACGAGGCUGUGUUUGUCCAUCACGGACUUCCACCCAGACACGUGGAACCCGGCGUGGUCCGUCUCCACCAUCCUCACGGGUCUGCUCAGCUUCAUGGUAGAGAAAGGACCCACUCUGGGCAGCAUCGAGACCUCAGACCACACGAAAAGACAACUCUCAGCCCAAAGCCUGGCCUUCAACCUGAAGGACAAAGUCUUUUGUGAAUUGUUCCCAGAUGUUGUGGAGGAGAUGAAGCAAAAACAGAAAGCACAGGAAGAGCUCAACGCCCGCACUCAGCCCCUCCCCUUACCUGACGUGGUGCCCGACGGCGACCCCCAGCAGGCCCAUUACGGCCUCCCCGGCCUCAACGGAGGUCCCAUCCCGCUCGGGGGCGCCAACCCCGCUCACGGCCUGCAGCAACCCAACCGCAAUCACGGACUCCUAGGCGGCGCUCUCGCCAACUUGUUUGUGAUCGUCGGCUUCGCCGCGUUCGCCUACACGGUCAAGUACGUGUUGAGGAGCAUAGCGCAGGAUUGAGAGAGAGCCGGACUAAUGUCAGGUGGACGCGGUGGGGACGUUGUGUCCCCGGACCACCGCGGACUCUGGAGGACAGAAAGCAGCCCGCUCAGGAGUGACUGUGAGAAGGGGUGGGGGAGUCAGUGGUGGCUCAUGGGUUGUGGAGGAGCAACGUUUUUACGCCACUGGUCCCAAGUUGCUUUUGUGGAGCGACAACUUUUCUCUCUUCUAUUGGCAAACACACUUCCUCUUGCUUAUGUUUUUAUUCUUGUCAGCAAAAUGUUUACAAAAAGAGCGUGAACGGCAGAUGGCAGCGACCUAGGGAGCCACAUCAGUCCCCAGUUUUCUAUCUUCAAGUACCUCAGCCCCCAACACUAUUAUCUUUUCCUUUUUCUAGUUUGACUGGUGAUAAAUCUCUGGCUAAAGUUAGCCUUUUCGGAAUCGCAAAAGGAAAGUCUUUUUAGGCAAAUGUUUGAACCAGAGGUAUGCCUCACAGCGGCAACAACAAAAUGGCAUUGGAAGGAAGCGACGGGAACAGACGCAUCGGCUCCCUCCAGUCAACCCAUGAGCCCAAAUCAGUCGCGAGUUCGGGACCAGCGCAGAUGGGGAUUGGUUCACCUGACCACUCUAGCGUCGCUCUGCACACGCGCGUGCGGUUAGGAGACGCGGGAGGUGAAUCAACGUUUUGUUCUGUAUAUUUUCUUUCUGAUCAAUUUUGUCAUUUUAAUUUAUAGACAAAGCCUUUGGAGUGUGUAGUCAGGAUGACACAAAGUGUCCACAUGACUGCUUAUCAUUGUACUGUUGCAUAUUGCGUUUAUUAGUGAAGCUAGCGGACUUCUUUUCUCAGCAGCAACACGGUCUUUGGAAAUAAACAAAUCAUAAAA